GCCAUGUCCGCGGGGAGCGCGGCACAUCCUGGGGCCGGCGGGCGCCGCAGCAAAUGGGACCAGCCAGCUCCAGCCCCCCUUCUCUUUCUCCCACCGUCGGCCCCAGGUGGGGAGGUUCCCAGCAGUGGGGGAAGUCCUGGGGGCUCCGCGGCUGCUCCCUCUGGCGCCUUGGAUGCCGCUGCUGCCGUGGCUGCCAAGAUCAAUGCCAUGCUCAUGGCCAAAGGGAAGCUGAAACCAACUCAGAACGCUGCUGAGAAGCUUCAGGCUGCUGGCAAAGGCCUAACUAGCAGUAAAAGCAAGGAUGACCUGGUGGUAGCUGAGGUCGAGAUCAACGAUGUGCCUCUCACGUGCAGGAACCUGCUGACUCGAGGGCAGACUCAGGACGAGAUCAGCCGACUUAGUGGGGCUGCGGUGUCAACUCGAAGGAGAUUCAUGACCGCUGAGGAGAAGGCCAAAGUAGGACUGGGGGAUCGUCCGUUAUACCUUCAUGUUCAGGGCCAGACACGGGAAUUAGUGGACAGAGCAGUAAACCGGAUCAAAGAAAUUAUCACCAAUGGGGUGGUCAAAGCUGCCACGGGGACGAGUCCGACUUUCAAUGGUGCGACAGUCACUGUGUAUCACCAGCCGGCGCCCAUUGCACAGGUAUCUCCAGCCGUUAGCCAGAAGCCUCCCUUCCAGUCAGGGAUGCAUUAUGUUCAAGACAAAUUAUUUGUGGGUCUAGAGCAUGCUGUGCCCACAUUUAAUGUCAAGGAGAAAGUAGAAGGUCCAGGCUGCUCCUAUUUGCAGCACAUUCAGAUUGAAACGGGUGCCAAAGUCUUCCUCAGAGGCAAAGGUUCAGGUUGCAUUGAGCCAGCAUCUGGCCGAGAAGCUUUUGAACCUAUGUAUAUUUACAUUAGUCAUCCCAAACCAGAAGGCCUGGCCGCUGCCAAGAAACUCUGGGAGAAUCUCUUGCAAACAGUUCAUGCUGAAUAUUCUAGAUUUGUGAAUCAGAUUAAUACUGCUGUACCUUUACCAGGCUAUACACAACCCUCUGCUAUAAGUAGUGUCCCUCCUCAGCCACCAUAUUAUCCAUCCAAUGGCUAUCAGUCUGGUUACCCUGUUGUUCCCCCCCCCCGGAAGCCAGUUCAGCCUCCCUACGGAGCACCAAGCAUAGUGCCCCCAGCUGUUUCUUUGGCACCUGGAGUCUUGCCAGCAUUACCUACUGGAGUCCCACCUGUGCCGACACAGUACCCACUGACGCAAGUGCAGCCUCCGGCCGGCACUGGGCAGACUCCGAUGAGUGGGCCUUUUCUUCCUGCUGCUCCUGUCAGAACUGCCUUGCCUGCCGGCCCCCAGCCCCAGCCCCCACCCCCGCCCCCGCCCCCACUCCCAGCUCAACCCCAGGCACAGAAGAGGCGAUUCACAGAAGAGCUGCCAGAUGAACAAGAAUCUGGACUUCUUGGAUACCAGGUACAGGCUUCUCCAGUCAGAAUGAGAUUGAAGGUGCAGGAUCGAAGCCGGCAAGUUCCUCAGGCAAAGAGCGAGAGAGGGACAGGCAGUUGA